AAAAUCUAUAGCUGAAGGAUCAGAGAAGAUUUUCGACACGGGUUGCUCUCCAUGUUCAGAAUCCGGAAGGGCAAAAGAAGCGGAUAAGUUCUGUGUUGAUUGUGGAUCAUAUUUCUGUGCUAAAUGUCUGCUAGAUCAUAACAAAUUCCCGGCGUUAAGAUCGCACCAGAUUUUACACAAGUCCAGAAAAGAUAAACAAAAGGAAAGUACGAAACUGGGACGAGCCUGCCGACAGAGCGAUGUUCAAUACACCAUGAAAAGUUGGUUGACAUGUUCUGUAAAGAUCAUGAUGAAGUGUGCUGUGCAGUUUGCAUUGCAAUAAAACACAGGGCAUGUGUAAAUGUGUACAUUCUGCCCGACAUUUCAAAGGGUAUAAGAGACAGUACGGAGUACAAGGACACCAAACAUUCACUUCAAACUAUUCUAUCCAAGAUGAAAAAGGAAAGCGAAGCAGGAAAAUGUAAACUGAAUAAUCUUGAAAAGAAAAAGGAAAAGUUAUUGGAAGACGUAGACAUCUUCAAAGAAGAACUGAUAAAGAAGAUAAAACAGCUUGCCGACACUUCAAAGAAGCAAAUAUGUUUGAAGUUUGAAGAUUGUAAGAAAGUUAUACAGUCAGAUUUAAAUACUCUAGACACUGUUAUUUCAACAACGACAACCAGCGAGCAGAAAUUAUCCAUUAAAAACGAAGCCCAAUUGUUUGUAAAUAUUAAAACAAGCAAAGUUUCAAUAAAGGACUGUGAAGCACUUUUGAGUGACAUGUCAAAAGUUAGGACAAAUGAAGAACUGGAAUUUACGUUAAAUCAAGGCCUGAAGAAAACUCUGGAUUCGCUGGGAUGUGUAGUUGCUGAAGAAGAUAUUAAAGCAUACAGAGCAACAUUGUAUGGAAAAUUCAAGAUUGAUCCGAAGUACUGUCAAAUAUGUGGUAUAUGUACCAUGGAUGACGGAACGUUCGUGAUUGCCGACUAUACACAUUCAAAACUGAAGAGACUGAACGAAAGCUUCACGGUCGAAGAUCAUAUUAAGGUUGGUGGAAAUCCGUAUUCGGUAUGCAGUGUAGGACCAAAAGAAGUUGCUACAUUUUUAGUGGUAUAAAUAAAAUACAGUUUGUGUCUGUUGGACAACAUAUGGAACUGAAAGCAGCAUUUAAUGUCGGCAGUUCAGCAGUCGGAAGUUCCUAUGAUGCAACGCAAGAUUCAUUGUUUGUUUGUCACAGUAAUCAAGUUUCUAUUUACACAAAUUCUGGAGUGCUGUUGAGAGCAUACAAGAAGAACGAAAAUA